AUGAAGGAAGGAAGCAUCUUGGCAAAGGAUGAUGAAGGAUUGAAGAAGAUCCACGUCCAGGAUAGUAGUUGGGAAAUUGAAUACAAGAAGACUGUAUCCUCUUCGGAUUGGCCAAGCAGAACUUAUGUGGUGAGUACCACCUUUUUCAUGGUCACGAUGCUCAUCGUCACUGAAAUCCAGGUUGGAAUGAAACGUUACUUUACUACUCCGCAGAAUUCACUGUUUGCUCCGAUGGCACCGUCGGAAGCGCAAGGAUACGACGAGCUAAAGGAUGAGGUGCUCGCUUUGCACAUCUCCUUUUCGUCGAUCACUAAAGACAUGAUUACUGAAUUGCCAACUUUCAGCACUUUGAAUCUGAUAAGCAGUCUGGGUGGAGUCUUGAGCCUGUACUUGGGAAUGUCUUUGGUCAUGUGCCUGGAAAUCCUUGAAAUUUUUCCGCUCAUGAUGCAAACAAUCAUCAACCGGCACUUCAAUACAAGUCAGAAACCAGACCCAGGGCCCAAGAUUGGUGUGCCGCGUCGGAAUGCUCGGAAGAGAUACCCGAAACCCGUCGCAAGGGCCAUCAAUACCAAAUGA